UGGCAUUCUACACGUCACAAAAAGAAAAACACACGUAAAAUUAAAUUAAAAUAAAAGAAGAGAACAAAAAUCACUUUUGAAGAAAAAAAGUAAACUUUUUUUUGUAAAAUUCCCUUUAAACAAAAACUUUUAGUUGCCUUUGUUAAAGAAACAAAAAAGAGAACAACGAAACUAAGCCACAAGCAAGAAAGAUCUAAGUUAUUCUAAAACAAACAACGAAGUUCAACCAAACCCCCCUUUUUCAAAAAAGCACCAAAAUCAUCAGCCAGCCAACAACCUUCAUAUCCACAUACCCCAAAAAAUUGUCUUUUCCUUAUUAUCAACAUACCCACUGUUCGCUUGGCAAAUAUUAAAAUCUAGAAAAGUGCUGUGGCCCACAAAGGAAGGAACUUACAGAAUCAUUAAGCAACCAUGGCGAAUACAACCUCAGCUGGACCAACAAAACAAGAGAUGGAGGCUGUUUUUAGUCGCCUAAGAUCCCAACCAGCCAAUAAGGCCUGUUUUGAUUGUGGCGCCAAAGCUCCCACAUGGGCUACAGUAACCUAUGGCGUUUUCAUAUGUAUCGAUUGUUCGGCGGUACAUCGCAGCCUGGGUGUUCAUUUGACUUUUGUGCGUUCAACUAAUUUGGAUACAAAUUGGACUUGGUUGCAAUUGCGUCAAAUGCAAGUGGGUGGCAAUGCUAAUGCAAAUGCUUUCUUUCGUCAACAUAAUUGCAAUACCACAGAUGCUCAGCAAAAGUAUAAUUCGCGUGCUGCUCAAUUAUAUCGCGAUAAAUUGACCCAAUUAGCCCAGCAGGCAAUGAAAGUGCAUGGGACGAAGCUAUUUUUGGAUGGUCCAACAGAAAAAAGCGAAAAUAAUGAUAACAACAAAGAAGUGGACUUCUUUGAUCAAUGCCAUAAUGAUAAUAAUAAGGAUGCAUUUUUCGAUAAUAACAAUGUUCAAAGCAAUACUGAAAAGCCUUCAACACCGGCUCCCACCGUCGAUAAACAACUUACUGGUGCUCCCAGCGUAGAUCUAUUAAAUUCCGUUGUUAACACACCAAGCUCGGUGACAUCCUCUAUAGGCGUACGCAAAAUACAACCGAAAAAGGGAGGGAUGGGUGCACGUAAAAUGGGUGGUGGUCUAGGUGCCACCAAAGUUAAGACCAAUUUUGCCGAAAUUGAACAACGCGCCAAUAUGGCCAAUCAGCUCAAAGAGUCUCCCAUUGUGCCUGAUAAACCCUUAACGGCCGAAGAAGAAAUUGAAUCGGUGGCCAGCAUGCGCCUGGCCUACCAGGAUUUGUCUUUAAAAAAGAACCAAGAAGAGGCAAGAUUGAAAUCAAUAGAUCCAGCCAAGGCCAAACAAAUGGAACGUUUGGGCAUGGGUUUCAAUUUGAAAGGUGCUGAUAUUUCCCAUUCCGUCUUAAGCGACAUGGAGACAAUUCAACAAGCUCCCGCACCAAAAUCCACCACAUCGUCCUCGAACAUGACAUCGUCGUCGACCAAGCUAUCUGCAUUCGAUAAUGAUAGUUUCUUCAAUGAUUACUCCACUAGCAUGUAUAGCGGCAGUGGCAAUGGAGGCUUUUCAUCAUCCUCUACAACAAAUAGUAAGGUGGAUAAACAAGAACUGGAAAUGAUGGGUUUCGAAACUAUCGAACCCAUUGGCUCAACACAUUCGAAUAUAACCUCAAUGUUUAGUGGACAUGAGAGCGAUAUGAAACCAAAAGCCAAGUCCACGACGCCAUCGGCAUCAUCGAGCAAUUAUGAGAGCAGCUAUUCGCGUAAAACGCAAGCCAGCAAAAACAAUGCCAAUAGCAGCAAUUAUGAUGAGACAUCAGCCCAAAAGAAAUUUGGCAGUGCCAAAGGUUUUGGCUCUGACCAAUUCUUCUCAGAUAGUCAGUCAAGAGAUGAUAAUUCAUCGAAUUUAUCAAGAUUCCAGGGUUCAACUUCGAUUUCCUCGGCUGAUUACUUUGGUGACGGUUCAAGUAGGGAUAAUCGAGGCUCAAGAGGUUACAAUACCGGUGUGGUUAAUUUCCAAGCCCCCGAUAUGGAUGAUGUCAAGGAAAGUGUGCGCCAGGGUGUUCAUAAAGUCGCCGGUCGUCUUAGCUCUUUGGCCAAUGAUGUUAUGUCUUCUCUGCAGGAUAAAUAUGGUUACUGAUAGUGUUUUUGUUUUGUGUUUUUUUUUUUAGUUUUUUUUAAAGUAUGUGUUUAUUAGCUUGGUUAGUUUCAAAAAACAAUUUUAAACUAUUCUAUUCCCUUUCUAACUUGCGUUACUUAUUCAGGGUUUUGUUAAUAUAGCAAAAAAAAAAAAACAUUCUAUAGCGAUUUUAUGUUUCCGUUUCUUCCAACUUUUAUAUUUCCUGUAAACACAAAAACAUACACACUCAAUUGUUUCAGUUGCUUCCAUGUCUGUUUUUAUGUGAAACAAUGUUUAUGGCUUCUUAAGCGUCUAGAUUUAAAGCAUAGAAAACACCAAUCGUUGGAGACCCCCAUAUUAUUAAUAAUAUUAAAAAAUCCAUUUCUAAAAGUGGAUUUUAUUAACAUCAUUCAUACAAUUUUAUUAAUAACUUUAUUAUAUGCUAAUGUUUAAGUUCCAUUUGAAAAAAAAAAAUACCACAACAAUCACAAAUAUCCUGUCAAUAUCUUAUAUUACGUAAAAAUAACACGAUCAUGAUGAAGAAAAUAGAAAACAUUUUAAUAAUAUUUAAAAAAGAGCACCUCUUGAAAUGUUAUGUUUAAUCGAUCUAGCAAAAAAACGAUGUAAAUGCAAAAAACAAGCCCAAUAUAUAAAUAAAAACAAAUUGAACUUCCCUUUUGAAAUAA